GACGCCAUGCAGGGGCCGCGGCCUCCGCGGGCAUGGCCGGGAGCCGGCAGAGCCCCGAGCUCCCGCAGAACUUCCACGGCUUCCUCGGCUUCCCUGGGAAAAGCCCCCCAGAGCCAGGGACCCCUGCAGGUUUUUGAUGAGGAAGGGAAGAAUGUGACACCCCAACCCCUCUUCCAGCCAGACCCAAAUGCUGCCAGGCAAGAAAAGACACAUGGAAGCAGCACAUCAACAACCAAGCCUGGCUUGGAUGAGACAGAACCUCAAGAAGACCCAGAUUUGAGCAUGUCUGCAGAGCAGGAGGAGGGGGAGGCAGCCCUGACAGAGGCAGAGCUGGAGCGGAGGGUGGAGGUUUUGCUGUCGGAGACAGACACGCUCUGGAUGCUGGACCUGCCCACGGCCCUCGUGUCCACCGAGGCAGAGGAGGCUCCCAGGGUGCUGGAGAGGAAUAAGAUUUACACAGAGAUUUGUGAGGCUAAAAUUGACAGUGAGUACUUUGAAGAAAAAAUCGUGCAAACCUUCUCUGGAGCUGCCAAAACCAAGGAGGUGCAAUGUGAGACCAUCACCAUGGCAGAGAAAGGGAUGAUGGUGAUUCCCUGGGAUUUGGACAAUCCACUGGAUGUCUCAGAAACAGAACCUGCAGAGACAGAAAAACCUGAAACCCCAGCAGGGAAAAGCAGCACAUCUGCCACAGCUGAAGAGCAGGGUCAGGCUGGGGCUGUCCCUCCUGCCACAGAGAGUGCUGCUCCUGCCAGGAGCCCCGAGGAGCAGGAAUGCCACUCAGGAGGGAUCCUAACCUCAGCAAAGCUGCAGCAGGAUUUAGUUGUCAUGGAGAGGAUUCUCAUGGAGAACAUUUUCCAGCCCAAGCUCGCAGUCUAUCGGCAGAUUCCUGUCCUCAUAGAACCUGUUGUUACCUCAGACGCCGAGGUGGAAGAAGAUGAAGAGGAUGAGGAGGAGAAGCAGGAGGAGGCAGCAGAGCCAGCUGAAGGCCCAGCAGAAGGGGCAGGCCCCAGGCUGGAGCUGCUGUGGUCAUACAGGUGUGAUUUAACCAGGGGGCACAGCGUGAGCAGCAUGGCUUGGAACAAAGUGAACCCUGAUCUCUUGGCAGUUGGUUACAGGGAGUUUGUUUCUCGGGAUAAGAAGAAAGGCCUGGCUUGCUGCUGGUCACUGAAGAACCCCAUGUGGCCAGAGCGCAUUUUCCGCUGUGAGGACGGCGUCACCGCCGUGGAUUUCUCCCUGGCCAGGCCCCACCUGCUGGCAGUGGGGACAGCCAGUGGCCGUGUGGCCGUCUACGACGUGCGCAGCCGCCAGGACACCGCGCUGCUGGACAGCAGUGCAUCCCUAAAUAAACACAAAGGUCCUGUGUGGCAGCUGAAGUGGGUGGAACAGGAAGGAGGUGCAACAGCAGGUGACAAAGAGGAGAGACUGAUGUGCAUCUCGGGAGACGGGCGGAUGACCCAGUGGUUCAUUCAGCAAAGGCUGGAUUGCUCUGAUGUGAUGCAAAUCAAGCGAACAGAAACUGAGAAGAAAAAAUUACCAGGUGAGAGAGAAAGGAAAAGUGAAGGUCCCAUAUCACAACAGGCAGCUGGAAUGUGCUUUGACUUCCAUCCAAAGGAUACUGAUAUUUUUCUUGCUGGAACAGAAGAGGGACACAUCUACUGCUGCUCUUGCUCAGGCAAGGAGCAGAUUCUGGGCACAUACAGAGGCCAUGAGGGCCCUGUGUACAAAGUUGCCUGGAAUCCCACCAGCACAGACAUGUUCCUCAGCUGCUCUGCAGACUGGAGCAUCCUCUUGUGGCACAGGGAUUCCCACACCCCCCUUUUAACCUUCACUUCUGUCACAGCUUUUGUUCAUGACAUCAAGUGGGCUCCACAAUCAGCCCUCAUCUUCGCAGCAGUGAAUGAGAAGAGGGUGGAGAUCUGGGAUCUGAGUGUCAGCAUCUUCGACCCGGUGCUGUCCUGUGCUGCCAGCCCUGAAGGGAAGCUGAGCUCCCUGCUGUUUGCCAGGAACGCCGAGUGCCUGCUCCUGGGGGACAGCUGUGGCCAGGUGGGAGUGUGGCUGCUGCCCAGCCUGGCUGUCCCCAGCUCCGACCAGGUUGGCUCCUUGUAUGACAUUGUUGCUCCUGCUGGAGCUGUUUAACAGUGGCUGAUAUCCCUUCUCCUUCAGGAAACACCUGCUGGAGUGUGAACAUAAACUGGUUAUCUUUUUUAAUCAAUAAAGUUUCUCUUUGAAGCCACA